CCAUUCAUUCUGCUAAAUUAAGGACCGUGGUUCUCGCUUCUUAAGCGCGUUUCACUCGACCGUUGUUUCUCUAUCGGACCGUUGUUCAAGCACAUGGGGAUGAAAGAGGAUGCGACAAUGCAAUCCCCCCGACGAGCGGGCAAAAUGGAAAGGCCAAACAAAUGAACAGACAGGCCAAACAAAUGAACAGACACGUCAAACAAGUGCAGGCAAAGAAAUGUAGAUUGUACUGUUUAGCUAGACAGAAAAAAAAAAUACAAUACAACAAUGUACAAGCAUGCGCAUGGCUCCACUUGUCAAUCAUGCACGUAAAGGCGGUCGUGCAAACACUUCUUUCCUGCGUCCACCCACAUGCAUAUAGCUACAUAAGCUCACCGGUCGUCCCAAUUGGGUCCUUCCUGUCAAAUAAUCGCGUGCUCUCUCUAUCCGUCGGCACUCGGUCAGCCGUGCCUGCCAAGAGCAGCCAAAAGCAGUAUCCAUAUAGCGGUGACCCUACAUUCUAAGAGGCUCCUAAACGCGCUGAGGGCCCUCACGACAUCCAAUAUAGCACAGCACAAUACUGCGUGCAUACGGACAUACAGUACUGUACUCAGUGGGUGCUCUGCUCCUGCUUCUGCAGGACGAAAAAUACGAAAAAUAAGAACAGCAAGCACUCACUCAUUCAUUCACUCACUCGCUCACUCCCAUCUAUAUCGUCUAGCACGCGGCAUGUAUGCCCUCUGUUAUAUUGUUGUCCCUUUGGACGAACAAUCCAACAGACAUACACACACAGAGACAGAGACAGAGAUAGAUAGAGAGAACCAAAAACCCCGCGACGACUUCAAGGCAAGCAGUCGAUCCAGAGGAAGCAGUCGCAGCCGCGGAUGAGAAAGCCAAAGAAAGGGUCCCUUAUCGCGGUGCAGAUAGAAUUGUCGAUGACGCGGAUUGUUAGCAGACAGUCGUCCAUCGUUUGGCCAUAGUCGACAGCGACUGUUCCGACACAAUUGACCGCGGCGCCGGUUGCGUCGGUGCAGGCACCGGCGCCUGCCAGAUUCUCACAGAAGAACUGUCAAGGACGCAAAAAGUGGAUGAUGGUCACAUGAGUGACGGUUCGCUUUCUCACGUUCGCAGCUUCGAAACCGCAAUCGUAUCCGACUCCUAAAAGCGCCUGGCCGCACCAAUACAUUCAUUCAAAGCAUUCAGAGGGACAUACAGCAAGUGUGUCUGUGAAUGCUCGACCCUGGCCACACUUGUCCACAGAAAUCGCAGGGACUCCGGCUGUUGGGUUGUUAAUCCGCGUUUCUGCACAUGCAUCCAACCGCUUUGGGUGAUCAAUGAGCGCAACGAAUGGCCACACAAUCAGAGUCCCACUUACGCUCGGCCGCCGCGAGGCACUCCGCGUCUUCGUCGUCGCAGCCAAAAACCACUCGCUCAGCGCUUGCAACUGCGGUGCAUACACAGGCCAGAGAAUGACGUCACCGCGUCCACCUCCCCAGCUUACUGUAUUUGGUGCCGUUCGUUUCGUUCGUCUGCACCAGCACAGGAGAGAUAAAACGGACGGCUGCAUACAAUACAUGCACAGAAAGAAGGGAGGGUAGGGAGAGGGAGGUCGUGGAUUGCCGCCAUUGAGCCUACUACUGUGCUCACUCACCUCCUCGCGCCAGCGGCUGGCAAUACGGGUCCGUCUCGGCACAUGACUCAUCUUAUUUAUCCACUGCAUCGAUUGGCAUGGCCAUGGCAGCGCAGACACACACAUGGUGCUUGUACGCUUACGGUCUGGCACUAUUGCGUCCACGACAUCAUCGAGGAACUUCAAGUCCGCAGCAUCACGGUCGAACUGCUCGUCAGCGGGUUUAUCGGGUGAAACGUCUGCCGCGGCACUGAUCAGCAGCGAAGCGCACAACAAGGCGACCUUGGGGAAUGCCAUCUCGAAGAAUUGAAGGGAAGUUCGUACAGGGGCUCGAAGAAUUGAGGGAAGUCAGGACAGAU